UUGUCAGUAAUCAUUAUCAUCUUGUUACAGUCACACGUGUUUUUUUAAUAUAAAAAUAAAUAGUUUUACAAUUGUAAAUAAUAUUGAUAUUAAUAAAAACAGUUACAUUGAUAUUAUCAGCCAUGGUGAUGUUCAAAGUGUUAUUGUGCAUGUUUGUGCUCUACAGUACUGAAAAUUUAUUAACUUUCGCAAAUCCUCGUAAAAUGCGUCGUUGCUUCGACUGCGUUUCAAUUAAAUCGUGUGAAUCAGCCCUUACCUUUGCACGUCAGCUUUAUGAUGGUACUCUGCCAAGUGAAAAAAGAAAUUUUAUGUUGAAUUCAAUGUGCGGAUUUGAUGCACAACAAUUGCCAAAGAUAUGCUGCUCAGACUUUAACGUGGUACGAACGGAAACUCGUGGAGCAUUACCUGAAUCCAUUGAAAAUCAUCGGAACGUUGGUCUGCUACCAAGCACCUGUGGAGAUAUCGAAGGCUCGCGCAUUAUCGGCGGGGAAGUCGCUAAGCUGUAUGAGUUCCCAUGGAUGACGCUCAUCAUUUAUAACACAAGCAUGGGCCUCGACUUUCGUUGCGGAGGGAGUAUAAUAAACACAAGAUAUAUAUUAACAGCUGCGCAUUGUGUUAUCCAUAAUGGUGUGUACAAGAAGAUAGUCGCAGUACGUAUUGGGGAGUUUGAUUACAGCAGUGACAUAGACUGUCAAGGACACAGCAUAAAUCAGAUUUGUGAAACUAAGAUUCAGGAUAUCGACGUGGAAAAAAUAAUACCCCAUGAAAAUUUUAAUGAACAAUUCCCAAUAACUGCGGAUAUUGCGCUACUCCGCCUCAAAGAUCCAAUAAUAAUCCAGAAUAAUGCAGCUCCUAUAUGCCUGCCACUGUACAAUAAUCUACGCGACGUUCACCUUGCGGGCCUCAGUGGAACUGUGGCUGGUUGGGGAACCACGGAGAACCGGACGGGUUCGACUGUACUGAUGAAAGUCGAAAUUCCAAUUAAAUCGGGAGAAACCUGCAGCUCUUACUACAAUAAGUAUGAAAACCAAAAGCGUUUGGAAAAAGCAUUUUGCGCCGGUGCAAUAAAGAAGGACUCUUGCAGCGGCGACUCUGGUGGCCCUCUUAUGAUAGAGUCAGACUUUAAUGGAUCGCUACGACUCGUUCAAUACGGCGUUGUUUCUUUUGGUCCUAGUGCCUGUGGAUCACAGUAUCCUGGAGUUUAUACAGAUGUUUCAAAGUAUAUGGAUUGGAUAUUAGAUAAUAUUAAAGAAUAACGAAUAUAA